CCCAGGGACACGUCAUGCCCCGCCCCCUGUCCGUCAUGGGGGUGUGGCAGGGCCUCUCCUGCCGUCCUUUUCCCCUGCCCAGCCUGGCAUCAGCACAGUCCACACACAGCGCACCUUGUACCUGGCAGGCCUCGGGACAGCAGGGAAGGCAAUGGAGACUUCAGGAUCCUCCUCCCAGACUCCAGACCACAGUCAAGUCCACGGAAAUACAGAAGAUGUAGACUAUGGAGAGACCGAUGUCCACAAGCAAGACAGGGAGGCUGGACUCUUUCCUCAAAAACAAUAUAAGAGAGACAAGUCUUCUUCCUCCUCCUCUUCGUCUUCCUCCUCCUCCUCUUCAUCAUCGUCCUCCUCUGCUUCAGAGAGCAGUGAUGAGGACCAGCACCCCAGAAAACCCAGAAAACAUCGGCAGAGUCGGGGGGCUGGACACUCCCACAGGGGCGGCUCACCGGGUGCUGAGCAUGGGGAGCCUGGCCUUUUGAAGGAUGAGCUUCAACUCUACGGAGGGGCUCCUGGGGAGGUGGUGCCCUCUGGAGAAUCAGGGCUCCGAAGGAGAGGCUCAGACCCAGCAAGUGGAGAAAUGGAGGAGGUGUCUCAGUUAAGAAGACUGAAUAUAAAGAAAGAUGAUGAGUUUUUCCACUUCGUCCUCCUCUGCUUUGCAAUUGGGGCCUUGCUGGUGUGUUAUCACUAUUACGCAGACUGGUUCAUGUCCCUUGGGGUUGGCCUGCUCACCUUCGCCUCCCUGGAGACCGUUGGCAUCUACUUCGGUCUGGUGUACCGGAUCCACAGAGUCCUGCAAGGCUUCAUCCCCCUCUUUCAGAAGCUCAGGCUGAUCGGGUUCAGGAGGACUGACUGAGGCCAGUGCCAGGCGGGCAGCCAGGCCCAGCCCUCGUGUGACCAGCGUGGCAUCCCAAGCACAGAGCGGCGUUCUGGGAGACACGUGGGCAGGCCAGGCUAGAGCAAUCAAGAGAGCUCUUUUCCUUCCACACGGUCUGAACACUGGCACCAGCCCUGGCAGAGGAAUCCUUUGGGCAGUGUUGGCAUGCAAUCCAGCUGCCAGGAUGGAAGGCAGAGGGAGGGUGAGGGAACUGAACCCUUCAUGGUACCCGGAUCAGCAGGAAGAUUCUGGGACGUCGCUGCUCUCAGGAAGCAGUAGGAGACUCCUGGGCCCUGCAAGCUGUAAUCUGUCAGGGCUCUGGUUUCUUUCGAACCCCAGGCUAUCCUGGUGUGCUCUCAGUUCCUACAGAGCCACCGCAGGACAGACUUACAGUCCACUGUCGCAAGACAUGGCACCACCAUGUCAGGUCCCCUGGGUAAACCUGAUGCGGGCGAGCUAUGGGGGACGAAACCACAGCAUCUGGGCUCCAUCACCUAGUGCCAGCCCUGCAGCCCUGGACUCCGUCAAGAUUCAAAUAAACGUUUUCUUCCUUGUACUAAAAA